GCAGACGCAACCCUCCGCGUGCUGAGGCUGCCGCCGUGUUUUUGGAGGAUGCUGCGGGAGUAAGAGCGGCCUCCGAGCGGAAGAUGGGGAAGGACCAGGAGCUGCUGCAGGCGGUGAAGACCGAGGACCUGCUCACCGUGCAGAAGCUGCUGCAGAGGCCCCGGCCAGGGAAAGCAAAGCUCCUCGGGUCGGCAAAGAAAGUGAAUGUCAACUUCCAGGACAUAGACGGGUUUUCUCCACUGCAUCAUGCAUCGCUCAAUGGGAACCUGGAGCUCAUCACUCUGCUGCUCGAGUCACAGGCUGCUGUCGACAUCAGAGACCAGAAAGGUAUGCGGCCGCUGCACUACGCAGCCUGGCAGGGCAAGGCGGAGCCUAUGAAGAUGCUGCUUAAGUCCGGCUCGUCCGUCAACGGCCAAUCGGAUGAGGGACAGAUUCCCCUCCACCUGGCAGCGCAGCACGGCCACUACGACGUGUCGGAGAUGCUGCUGCAGCAUCAGUCCAACCCAUGCAUUGUGGACAACGCGGGGAAAACGCCUCUGGACCUGGCCUGCGAGUUUGGCCGAGUCGGGGUGGUCCAGUUGUUGCUGUCCAGCAACAUGUGUGCUGCCUUGCUGGAGCCCAAGAAAGGAGACACCACCGACCCCAACGGGACGUCUCCGCUCCACCUGGCCGCCAAGAACGGACACAUCGACAUCAUCAGACUGUUGAUCCAGGCGGGUAUAGACAUCAACCGACAGACCAAAGCCGGCACUGCCCUGCACGAGGCCGCCCUGUGUGGGAAGACCGAGGCAGUGAGACUCCUGCUGGAGAGUGGAAUUAAUGCCACCGUGAGAAACACCUACAGCCAGACUGCACUCGACAUCGUCUACCAGUUCACUGCAACGCAAGCCAGCAGAGAGAUCAAACAACUGCUGAGGGAUGCAUCGGCAGCCCUUCAGGUUCGGGCUCUGAAGGAUUACUGCAACAACUACGACCUGACCAGCCUCAACAUCAAAGCAGGAGACGUUAUUACGGUUCUGGAGCAGCACCCUGACGGUCGCUGGAAAGGCUGUAUCCAUGACAACCGAACAGGAAAUGACCGAGUGGGCUACUUCCCUUCCACCAUGGUGGAGGUCAUCAGCAAGCGCACAGGUUUGGCCAGCACAGUCAUUUGCACCCAACAGUUUCAAAAGAUACCGCUGGUUCCUCCGGUGACGGUUGCCCCUGCCAACGCGGUAGUCAACGGCAACGACACCACGUUCCAUCAGAUCCAUAUCCUGCCUCCACCGCCUCCUCCUCCACCACAUUCCCAUCAGCCACUGCUUCCACUUUUCACUUCCUUUGGCUAUAGCAAGUCGCCCGUGACAACCCCACUGGGAGACACACCCACUGCCCCAGGUUGUCGCGGCUCAGAGGCAAGUCCUCACAGCUCUCCCACCACAUCCUGCGGGCCCCAUGGAGGCUCCAACGAAGAGAUCUGGGUACUGCGCAAGCCCGUGGCAGGUGGAGACCGCAGCAGUAUGGGUAGUUCUGGCAGUGUGACAAGCGUGAGGUCGUCGGGCAGCGGUCAGAGUGCCGGCAGUGGGCAGCACAUCCUCCAUCCACAGGCUGAGGGCGUUAAGCUUCUGGCCACAGUCUUGUCCCAGUCUGCCAAAGCCAAGGAGCAUCUGCUGGAGCAGUCCAAGUCUGUGGACCAGCCUGCAGGCUCCGCCAGCUCCUCUCGGCCAUCCAGCCAAUCGGGCUGUCCACUCCAUGAGGCGCCGCCUUACGACGCCGUGGCGAUCAGGAAGGGGGAGGGGCAAGGCGAGGGGAAGAACUCAGAGGCUGUUGUCCAAUGGCUGAGCGACUUUCAGCUGCAGGUCUACGCUCCAAACUUCCUGGGCGCUGGGUAUGACUUGCCCACCAUUAGCCGAAUGACCCCGGAGGAUCUGACGGCUAUUGGAAUAACUAAACCAGGUCACAGAAAGAAGAUGACCUCCGAGAUUAACAAACUAAGUGUCACCGAGUGUCUGCCUGAACAGAAACCCGCCAGUCUUGGAGAGUGGCUGUCUGCUAUUGGUCUAAACCAGUACCACCAGGUGUUGGUGCAGAACGGUUAUGAGAACAUCGAGUUCAUCACUGACAUCACUUGGGAGGACCUGCAGGAAAUAGGCAUUAUCAAACUGGGCCACCAGAAGAAGCUGAUGCUGGCGGUGAAGCGGCUGGCCGAAAUGCAGCGUGGCUCAGAUGGGCGGGGCUCCCUCAGGAAGAAGCCCCCGCCAAUCACACAGCAGCAGGAAGUCCUGUCGAUGGACGGUCCACCUCUAGACGAGGUCAUGUCUCCGAAAAUGAACACUUUCCAGGACAGUGAGUUGAGCUCCGAGCUACAGAGCGCCAUGACCCAGCCAGGCCAGGAGGUCAAAGCUCAGCGAACACGCAGCAAAGACCAUGAUGAGGGGAUGACAGGAGGAGGAGGAGGUGCUGGGCCACCUAAGAAAGAGGCACGGACUAUGAGGCAGCAGAGCAGCCAGGGAAGCACCUCCUCCCACAGAGGCAGUAUCUCCUCUCAAGGCAAACACCGCCACUCCCACUCCCAUUCCCAUUCACAGCCUGCACCUCCCUACACGCCCCCUCAUACUCCGACCAAGACUAGAACCUCGUCUUCUUCCUCCUCCACCUCUUCCGUCCAGAGCACAGCUUCUCCGCAGGCCAAACAUAAGCCGUGUCCCCAGUUCAUCCAGGGGGAGAGGCCUCAGUCGCCGCGCUCCCACCCUCCUCAGUCUCCAACCCAACGUGAGCCGCCGUGUACCCAGCUUCCGCCCCAGCAACAACAGCAGCCUCAAGUCCUGCCGCAGCACCAGGCACACCCUCAGCACCAACUGCUGACACAGGUCACGGAGGUGAAAGAGAACCAACAACCACAGGUCCCGCUCCUCUGCCUCCCACCAGAGGUGGAGCAGGCUGAGGUAGAAGGGGAUGAGUCUUCAGCACUCCAGAAGAAAUGGUCCCACAGCCUCAACCGUCACGGCGCCUCGGACAGUGAGUGUGACGAGAGGGCGGGAGGAGGUAGGGGACGAGAGGGAGGAGGAGAGGGAGAGGCAGAGGUGGUGGGAGGAGAUCAAGGCUCUGUCAUCGUCAGAGAGGACAGAGUCAAAUAUGCAACGGUGACCCACCGUGUCAGCCGCAGCCACUCUGUGCGCAACCAGGACAAGACCGUCAAUCGCAACCAGACAAUGCCCUUUCCCCUGCGUCAAAAGAAGAAAGGCCCGCCCCCUCCACCGCCCAAACGCUCAAGCUCCGCCAUCUCCACCUCCAACUCCAACCUGACGGAGGCCAACGCGCAGCCGCACGAGCUCACCACCUUGGGGGGGAUGCUGGAUGUGCCUUACCACCAACAGCGACGGGCCAGCGACCUGGGGAUGUCCGUGGAGAUGGUUGCUGUGGAGAUGAGCAGCGUGGGUAGUGUAAGGAGCAUCGCCGCCAUGUUGGAGAUGUCUUCCAUAGGAGGAGGAGCCAAAGGCAUCGCGCUCCAAAAGAAUUUCCUGCAGGUGGGGAAAACACGCGACGCCAUUGGUCUGGACGGUGAAGUGGUGAACCGACGGCGAACCAUAAGUGGCCCGGUCACUGAGCUGGUGGCGGCUGCCAGGCGUGAACAACCGACUCCCUCUGCUUUCCCAUCUCCCUCCGUUCAGGCCGAAAACAAUCCUCUCCCUGAAAAUUCCUCCUCUCCCAACCCUCCCCCCUCCCCCCACCCAAGCUCGGGAGCCAGCAGCAGUUCGUCUGAAAACCUGCCAUUCGCAGAUGAGGGAAGCCUGACCAUCCGCCGCCAGGGUCGAGGAGAAGGAGAAGGACAGUGUGUAUUUUGUGUUUGUCUGCAGGGUGACGGCGAGGAUCCCCAGGGAGACGGGGGUUACAGGCAGGAGGACAUCUCCAGGGUCGAGGCCACGGCGACCUUGAAGCGACGGGCCCGCAGCUCCAAGUCCCACCCCAACGGCUCCGACUUCACCCUCCAGGAGUCGUCCACCGUCAAGCGGCGGCCCAAGAGUCGCGACAAGGAGCCCGAGGGCUACGCCGAGCUGGCCGCCAAUGGAGAGCCCUUGGGGAUCGUGUUGCCAAACACCACGCAACCGGUGCCCUACCAGAAUGGCACGGCCACAGUGAAACGCCGCCCGCCGUCCGAUACUGGAGUGACCGAGCAGCCGCAACCUCAAACUCAACCUCAACCUCAACCUCAACCUCAACCUCAACCUCAACCUCAACCUCAACCGCAAGUGAAUGCUGCACCCCGCAGGGACAGCAUGGAUCAAGGAGCUCCAGUGACAAAUGAAGGAGGCCCCGUGAGAAAGCCGAAGCCUCCGGUCUCCCCGAAGCCUGUCGUGGCACAGAUAAAGAGACAGGCAGGCCCACAGACUCCACCACAGUCGGUCUCCAACAAGAGAGUCCCCCUGCCUGGCCCUGGGACGCCUGGAAGCCCAGUGGAAGGAAAGAAGAUCCCGCCACCCGUCUCGCCUAAACCGGCGCCCCCGCCCACAGCACCCAAACCGGCCAAGCUCAUCCACUCAAUGACCAGCCCCUCCUCCCCGAGCUCUGCCCCGGUAAAGCAGCACCCUGCGGUGGCCCGACAGAUCAGCUCGCCUCCCUGCUUCCCUCCUUCCAACAUCCCCGGCCCGCCGAACGCCAAGCCGCUGAGCCCGUCUCCCCAGAGCCCCCACACCCCGCAGACCCCCACCACGCCACAGACUCCCGCCACCCCCAGCCCGACCCCGCCACCUGUCAAGCCCCCCCGCUCCUCGAUCGGCGGGGUGUCGGUUGACAGCGGAAUGGCAGGAGGCGGAGUCGGGGCGCCCGCUGCUACGACGCCGGAUUUCGGCACGGAUUCAUUGGUGCAUCAGAAGCUGGAGGAGACAAGUGCGUCGCUGGCCGCGGCUCUGCAGGCUGUGGAAGAUAAGAUACUGCGGCAGGAGGACUCUGUGGCUGAGCAGAAGACCACGGUUAGCAUCCUCGACGACAUUGGCAGCAUGUUUGAUGACCUGGCCGACCAGCUGGACGCCAUGUUGGAGUAACAACAGAAACCGGUCAGCGUGUCUCCACGGCAACGCUGCACUAGGACUGAGAUGGCACAAUGGUCUCUCUCUCUCUUUCUCUCUCUCUCUCUCUUCGUCCUUCUCUCUCUGCCGUGCUCAUCCCCCUCUUCAGCCCUCCUGUCGUCCAUCCGCCGCCGCUCUGGAAAACCUCAUCUCUCCUCCUCUUCCUCUCGUCUCCCGUCACUGAUGAUACAACUGAUGAUGGAGCAGCACCACAGGCCCGGACUGACAUGUGGCAGAGCGAGUGCAAGAAUUAAGGAUUUAAUGGAGGAGAGACACUAAAAGAGAGAUGGUAUCAAAAAAUAAAUUAAAAAAGGACCAAAAACAGAUGAUGUGGGGAGAAAAAAAUAAUAAUGACAAGAUGAAGAAAUGCAACAAAAACGUGGGUUUUUUCAGAACUCCACAUGGACGAACAAAUAAACUAAACUAAUACUGAUUGAAAAACCAACUGUGUAACAAUGUAUGGCGUAUGUACAUUCUAAGCAUGGAGAGUUUAUAUCUACUGAAAAAAAAGCCCUGCA